AUGAAUGAAAAACGAGAAUUAAUUAGUAAAUCUGUUGAUGACGAAGAAAUGGAUUUAAUGGAUGAUGUUGUACUUUAUAAUAAUAUACAAGAACAAGAUGGUAGUAGAUGGAAACAUAAUUCCUCAUAUCAACGACUCGAAUCAGAACAAUCAACAACAUCGUUACCCUGUGCAGAUUCUAAACUGGAUAUUCUAGACCAUAGUUUAUGUCAGCUGUCCCCACCACCAAGAAAACGAGUUAAAAUUGACCAAGAAAAAUUAAUAUUAUCACUCAAUAAUCGUGAUCAACGAAAUGAGAAAUCUAAUGUUUAUGUAAAAAAACAAGUAAAUGACACACAUUCCAAAACGGAUCUAUCAAAGGUUAUCAUUAAAUUAGAUGAUGAAGAGAAACCGAUAACAACAGUACCACCAUGUCUCUCGCGUAAAAAACAAAUUUUACAGAAAAUUAAAGAAAAUGUUGCACCAUUGGAACGUAUAACAAGACGAUCUUAUACAUUUCUUGUACAGGACCGUUAA